GGACCCCGGGGAGGGCAGGACUGCAGGGGGUCCCCCUUUUUAUACAUCCCGACCAACGAUAGCAGGAGGUCAUGGCUGUCGGUUCCUGCCCGCACCCCUCUGCAGGAUCAUAAAGAGUCUGGGGGCUAAAAGAUGCUCUCUAGAGGUCACCCAGUCCAUCCCCCUGCCUUCAAGUUACACGACACCUCUAGGGUCAUGCUGCGAGAGGGAGCUCCGAGGAAGCCUUUUAGACUCCCGCGCUCCAGGUGUUUCACACUCACCGCAGUGCAGAGGAAAGAGCCCUGGAAUUCAGGAGGCUUGGGUUCUAGCCCCGGAUAAUUAGCAGUUUGACCUUGGGCGAAGCAGUUCAUCUUUCGGGGCUUCGGUUUCCUCUUCUAUAAAAUGAGGGGAUGGAGUAGACUACCUUUAAGCUCCCAGUGCUAACAUUCUGCAGUUUGAAAACCUUUUUCUCGGAUUUCCUUCAUACGUCUUAUGUGAGUCCCACUGCAGUCCUUCACAUCCUGUCGUCUGAGCAGAUGAAGAACAAGGAAGCUCGUUCUCCUGGCACCAGGGUGAUGAGCCCGCAGUGACGUGGAAGUGGCUUCCAAAGGGAUCCUCUCAGGAGCCACAGCUAACAAGGCCUCCCAGAACAGGACCCGGGCGCUGCAAAGCCACAGCUCCCCAGAGUGCAAGGAGGAGCCUGAGCCCCUAUCCCCUGAGCUGGAAUACAUUCCCAGAAAGAGGGGCAAGAACCCCAUGAAAGCUGUGGGACUAGCCUGGUACAGCCUGUACACCCGCACCUGGCUCGGGUACCUCUUCUACCGCCAGCAGCUGCGCAGGGCUCGGAAUCGCUACCCCAAAGGCCACUCUAGAACCCAGCCCCGUCUCUUCAACGGAGUGAAGGUGCUUCCCAUCCCCGUCCUCUCAGACAACUACAGCUACCUCAUCAUCGACACCCAGGCCCGGCUGGCUGUGGUUGUGGACCCCUCUGACCCUCAGGCUGUACAGGCUUCCAUUGAAAAGGAGGGCGUUGAUUUGGUUGCCAUCCUCUGCACUCACAAGCACUGGGACCACAGUGGAGGGAACCGUGACCUCAGCCGGCGGCACCAAGACUGUCGGGUGUAUGGGAGCCCUCAGGACGGCAUCCCCUACCUCACCCAUCCCCUGUGUCAUCAAGAUGUAGUUAGCGUGGGACGGCUCCAGAUCCGGGCCCUGGCCACCCCUGGACACACGCAAGGCCAUCUGGUCUACCUGCUGGAUGGGGAGCCCUACAAGGGUCCCUCUUGCCUCUUCUCAGGGGACCUGCUCUUCCUCUCUGGCUGUGGACGGACCUUUGAGGGCACUGCAGAGACCAUGCUGACCUCCCUGGACACGGUGCUGGGGCUGGGGGAUGACACUCUGCUGUGGCCCGGUCACGAGUACGCGGAGGAGAACCUGGGCUUUGCGGGUGUGGUCGAGCCCGAGAACCUGGCCCGGGAGAGGAAGAUGCAGUGGGUGCAGAGGCAGCGGAUGGAGCGCAAGAGCACGUGCCCGUCCACCCUGGGAGAAGAGCGCUCCUACAACCCAUUCCUGAGGACCCACUGCCUGGUGCUGCAGGAGGCCCUGGGGCCAGGCCCGGGCCCCACUGGGGACGACAGCUACUCCCGGGCCGAGCUCCUGGAGAAGCUCCGCCGGCUGAAGGACCUGCACAAGAGCAAGUGACAGCCCCCACCCCAUCCCAGCCCGCCCCCCGCGGCGGGGAGGCCACCCGUCGCCCGCACCACACCAUCGCUCUCAUCGCUACCACCCGCCACCUCCACCGGCGCCCACGGUGGGCAUCAGUCCCAGCACUGUCAGGGGAGGAGGGUCGAGGUGAUGAGGACGUGAGACCGAGGAGGAGGAGGCUGGUGGAAGGCUUGGAGACCCCACCGGGUGAGGCUGAGUUAUCCAGGCGAGAGGAAAGGCGGAGCCUUGGGACAUCUCCAGAGCCAGCUGGGAGGGCGCCUCCUCUCCUGCCCUGUUCCUGCCUGGGCAGUGAGGGGUCAUCUUCCCCCUUCUCCCAUCCAGGGUUGGGAAAGAGGGUCCCCCAAAGUGGCCUGAGGUGUGGUGCCUUGGAAAAGCGGUCACUCAGAGGGGGAGCUGGGCUCUGGUGUCCUGAGACACUGGCCCUCCUCCCCAAGCCUCCCCCCCCGCCCCUCCCCCCCCCCCCCCCCCCCACUCCACAAAAGCAUUUUUCAAACAGCCAUUUCUGGGAAAGAUGAAAGGGCUGGAAGUCUGGCUGUCUGGACAAUCUCGGCCUCAGUGACUCCCCUACAGCCUGGAAAAGGGAGGGUCCUGGUUGCCACGGAAACUGGAAGGCUCCUCGUGCAGCAGGCCUCCGCCCCUGCCUGGGGCCCAAAGGACUCCCCUUUCCAGGGGAGAGAAAGCCAUCUUCCGGCCCGGCCACGGCAGUUUUCUCCUGACGGUCCUUGUUCUUAGGAACUUCUGCCUUGCUCUAACUCCUUCUUUAUCCUCUCAGUCCCGCUCUGCUUUUAGUUAUAAAGACAUUAUUCAUCUGGCCCUCUGCAGUUUGCCAAGAACAUCCCCAUGUCAUUUCUCAUUUGAUCCUUGGUCCCACCCUGGCUGGGGGUGGGGGUCUGCGCAGCAGAGCGCAGAAGUCAGAAGUCCGGGAGCAGACUGCUGUCAGAGUGGUGGCUUCCAGGACCCCAGGCCUGGGCCCUUCCCCGCAGCUCAGCCUCUCCUCUGGUCUCUAGUCCAAGUCCUGGAGCCAAAGAGAGGAACCAUAACGUCCUCGAGCGGGCAUACCUCGGGUCAACCAGGAGCCUUCGCUUCCUGUGUGCAAGCCUUCCCUCGGGCUCCGCUCACCUCUGCUGAGACUCCAAGAAGACCCCUCCCUUCAGCUUCCCCUCAUCGUCCCGCCUCUGCCUCCCUCUCCAGCCACAGCCUCUGGUACCAACUCUAGCAAUACCACCAGAAUAGAGUUCCCUGUCCCCCAAGACAUGCAGUUUCAUGCCUCUGUGCCUUCGCUCAUGCUGUUUCUUCAGACUGGAAUGCCUUUCCCCUGCCCCUCCGGCCUUGUCUGCCUGGCAAACACCCAUUCAUCUCUCACAAUCCCCCUCAAAGGCCCCCUCCUCCGGGAAGACAUCCCCCAUGCCCCUCGCCCUCCAGGCUACCUCUGCUCUUUGUAAAUGCUUCUCUCGUGGCAGUUAUCACACUGUAUUUUACUUGUUUACAUGUUUGUCUCCCCUUCUAGACUGUGAACCUUUCAGGGCAUGGACUGUAUCUUAAUGCAUCUCUGUAUUUCUGCGCCUAGCACGGUGCCUAGCACACAGUAGGCGCUCAAUAAAUCUUGGAUGAAUGAA